CCAAGAAAAUUAUUUUAAAUACAUGAUCGGUCAAUACUACAACUCUUAGAUGGGACUAGAGUUCUCAUAGAGCCGCCUCCGCUUGCAGUAUUGUAUAAAGAACAAAAAUCGGGCUGGGGAGGGGGUUGAUAGAUACGCCGAAGCUGAAAUCGAGAGGCGAAUCCAGGAAAGAGGAGUAUUUUUUACACGGGACUUUCCCCCCCUUCGUCCCUAAAAAGGAGGGGGAAAAGUCACAUUUAAAGGCGUUAAUUUUUUUAAAACCGAGGAUUACAAAUAGGCUCGGGCGCCUAUCUCUGAGGAUAUAUAUUUUAAUUCGUUAAAAAAAUAUGGCCGAGAACGUUCUGGACCCUGGCCCGCCUUCAGCAAAGAGGCCUAAACUGUCCUCCCCGGCACUAUCAGCCUCAGCCAGCGAUGGAAACGAUUUUGGCUCACUUUUUGACCUAGAGCAUGACCUCCCAGAUGAGCUAAUCAAUUCCUCAGAGCUGAGUCUGGCAAAUGGAGGGGACCUCAGCCAGCUGCACACCAACUUGGGUAGUGGGAGCGGGGCCAUCGGAGGACUUGUGUCCAGUGGCCAGGAUGCAGCAGCCAAGCACAAGCAGCUAUCAGAACUUCUCCGGCAUGGAUCCACACCUGCUACACAACAACAGGGAGCAAUGGGCAGUCCAGCAGGAACCUCAGUGGGGUUGUUCGGUAAUAUGAAGGCUUCCCCAGGUCCCCAGGGUUUGGGCCCACAAGGGCAGCAACAUCUUUCUCCUCAACAGACCACAAUUAUGCAGCAACAGCAGCAGAUUACCGGGAUGGUGGGCAUAAACAGGAAUAUGCUCGGACAUCAGAAAGGUAAUGGACAGCAGCAGCCAGGAGGGCCCACUGCCCAGCAACAAAACAUGCUGGGAGGACAGAUGAUGAAUGGCUCGCCCCGAAUGGGACAUCACAAUCCGGGCAUAGGCAGCAACAGCAACCUGUUGGCAGAGGCUCUUCAGCAGCAGACAGCAGGAGGCCAGGGUGGACUGAGGGCACAGCAGCCUGGAGCAAUGAACAAGAUGGGGAUGAAUGCAGCUUCAGGCCCCUAUGGAGGCCCAUAUGGUCAGCCUGCCAGUCAGAGUCUGGGUGUUGCAGGGCUGGCCCCUCAGCUUCAGAACAAACCAGGUCUGCCCAACAAUCCGGCCCAGUUUAACCUUGACAAGAAACCUCAGCCUUUGCAAGGCAUACCUGGCAUGCAGGCUUCUCAGCCUUCCCCAGCAGGUGCUGCCGGAGGUGCAGGAUCGGCCAGCAUGGUGCCCAACACCCAAGGAAGUCUCGGCCCUGGAUCAGCCUUGACUGCAGCAGCAGUGGGAGGUGUACCUCCAACGGCUGACCCAGAAAAGCGCAAACUCAUACAGCAGCAGCUGGUGCUUUUGCUCCAUGCUCACAAAUGCCAGAGGCGGGAGCAGGCCAAUGGGGAAGUAAGGCAGUGUAGCUUGCCCCACUGUCGUACCAUGAAGAAUGUUCUUAAUCACAUGACGCACUGCCAGGCUGGCAAGUCUUGCCAAGUGGCGCACUGUGCCUCGUCCAGACAGAUAAUCUCUCACUGGAAGAACUGCACACGGCAUGACUGCCCUGUAUGUCUACCUUUAAAAAAUGCAGGAGAUAAGAGGAAUCAGCAGUCUCUCUUGAGCUCUGCUAGUGUGGGGUUAAGUACUGCUUUGGGGAAUGUGACAGGUGGCCCACCCAGUGCCCCCAAUCUCAACACCCCAGGACAGAUAGACCCCAGCUCCAUCGAGAGGGCUUAUGCGGCCCUGGGCCUCACAUACCAGGGAAAUCAGGCAACCCCUCAGUCUGUCCAACAAACACCACGGGCACUGAACACUAUAGGAGGGAAUCCCUUGGGUGUAAAUGGGUCAGUGGGUGGUCAGUCUCAGAAUCAGUCUACCCUUCUCCAGGAUACAAUGCUGCACCUGAACAUGAGCUCACCAGGUCUGAUGAAUAACAGCAAUGCUGUGGGGUCUAUGCCUGUGGCCAAUCCAGCUGCCAGUGCUGGCAUGAGGAAAGGCUGGCAUGAGGACAUCACUCAGGAUCUACGCAACCACCUGGUGCACAAACUAGUCCAGGCUAUUUUCCCGACUCCAGACCCAGCUGCACUGAAGGAUCGACGCAUGGAGAAUCUAGUGGCUUAUGCACGUAAAGUGGAGGGGGACAUGUAUGAGUCUGCUAACAGCAGGGCAGAGUAUUACCACCUGCUGGCAGAGAAGAUCUAUAAGAUACAGAAGGAACUGGAAGAGAAGCGAAGGACACGGUUACAGAAGCAGGGUAUGAUGCCCACUCAGCCCGGUAUGCCCCCCACUGGCCUACAGCAAGGGCCAACUGGGAUAGGCCAGCCAGGGCCACCCACAGGACUGCCACCUAGUCCUCUCUCGGAUCCUUUAAUGCUGCAGCCUUCUGGACCGAACCAGAUGAUGAACAGGAUGCAGAAUGCUGCUGGGAUGAAUCCAUUUAACCAUAUGGGAAUGCAGUCCAUGGGCCAGAGAUCUACACCACCUCUUCCACUUGGCUCACCUCUUAACCAGACGAGCAUGGGCACUGGGAGGAUGCCACAACCGAAUGUUGCACAGAUGCGAAAUCAGUACAUGCCAAAAGGACAGUUUCCAGGUUCAGGUCCUGUUGUUGGUGCUGUGCCUGUUGACAUGCAACUUCCAGGAAAUGAGAGUGGUACCACUCAACAGGGGCAAAUGCCUAUGUCAUCUCUGCCAGUUGGCAGUCCAUUAGCCCAGCCUGGGUCUGCCGGAGGGGCAGGCAGCGGGUCCUCGGUUGGCUCUCUGGGUCCCAACAGCAUGGUUGGGGUCCCUCCGUCAUCCACCCAAUCACAGUCCAUCAGCCUCCAGCACUGCCCGCCUGUUCGCCAGAAUUCUCCUUCCCCAGCACGUAGCCGCACACCCACACCACACCUCACGCCACCUUCAGGCCUGUCCGGUUCUCAGACGCCCCAGCCACACACCCCUGGCCUACCCCAGUUAGCCAUGACCGGCAGUCAGCAGCAGGUACCUCCGUCCGCCACUUCUGACAAUGCCAUGCAGUCAUUAGGAGGAUCUCCUUCCUCAGUGCCUCAUUGCGGGCUUUCAACGCCAAAUGCCAGCCAGCAUCCACGUACUCCUUUGUCUCAUAAGGGCUCUCUGCCAGUGGACGGCCAGGCUGCUACACCUGCUUCCGUCAGCAGUGCAGAUGCCUCAUUUCAGCAGGGCCCGUCAGACUCCACAGCCACCCUGGAGCUCAAGGAGGAGGUCAAACAGAAAGAAGAGGAAGAGGAGGAGGAAGAAGAAAGUAUGGUGGGAGGACGAACUGGAAAGCAGGAAGACAUUAAAACUGAAGAAAAACCUGAGAUAAAGAAAGAGGAGCCUUAUAGUGAUGACUGUAAAGGUGGUCCAAUGGAGAUAUCAUCUACAGAAUCUGGGAAGGACAAAAAGCCAGAGCUAAAGACUGAGCCUAAAGAAGAGGAUUCAGGGUCCACAGUUACCCACAACUCACCUUCUGGAGUUCCUAACAAAAAGAAAACAGUUUUUAAACCAGAGGAGCUGAGGCAGGCCCUGAUGCCCACACUGGAGUCUCUUUACCGCCAGGACCCAGAGUCUCUGCCUUUCCGCCAGCCUGUGGACCCUUCACUACUGGGAAUACCAGACUAUUUUGACAUUGUGAAGAAUCCAAUGGACCUGUCUACAAUCAAACGUAAGCUUGACACGGGUCAGUACCAAGAGCCAUGGCAGUAUGUGGAUGACAUCUGGCUCAUGUUCAACAAUGCCUGGCUCUACAACCGCAAGACAUCACGAGUCUACAAGUACUGCUCCAAACUAGCGGAGGUGUUUGAGCAAGAGAUUGACCCGGUCAUGCAAAGCCUCGGCUACUGUUGUGGGAGAAAGCUUGAGUUCUCCCCCCAAACUCUGUGCUGCUAUGGGAAGCAACUGUGCACUAUACCACGAGAUGCUGCUUACUUUAGUUAUCAGAACAGGUACCACUUCUGCGAGAAGUGUUUCAAUGAGAUCCAGGGUGAUAGUGUGUCCUUGGGAGAUGACCCAUCCCAACCUCAGACAUCAAUCAACAAGGAUCAGUUUGAGAAGAAGAAAAAUGACACACUCGACCCUGAGCUAUUUGUGGAAUGUAUAGAUUGUGGUCGUAAGAUGCAUCAGAUCUGUGUUUUGCACAAUGACACUAUCUGGCCAUCAGGCUUUGUGUGUGAUGGUUGCCUAAAGAAGUCCAACAAGACCCGGAAAGAGAAUAAAUAUGCUGCUAAAAGGCUUCCACAUACCAAACUAAGCAACUUCUUGGAAGGACGUGUUAAUGACUUUCUGAAGCGACAGAAUCACCCAGAGGCUGGUGAAGUCUUUAUUCGUGUUGUUCAUGUCUCGGACAAAGUGGUGGAAGUUAAACCAGGCAUGAAGUCCAGGUUUGUUGAUAGUGGAGAGAUGGCAGAGUCUUUCCCAUACAGAACCAAAGCUUUAUUUGCCUUUGAGGAUGUCGAUGGUGUUGAUGUUUGUUUCUUCGGGAUGCAUGUGCAAGAGUAUGGCUCAGACUGUCCGCCUCCUAAUCAAAGACGGGUUUACAUAUCUUACCUUGACAGUGUCCACUUCUUUCAACCACGCUAUUUGAGAACAGGAGUGUACCAUGAGAUUCUUGUAGGGUACAUGGAGUAUGCCAAAAAACAAGGGUUCACUACAGGACACAUCUGGGCCUGCCCUCCUAGUGAAGGUGAUGAUUACAUCUUCCACUGUCACCCUGCAGACCAGAAGAUACCCAAGCCCAAGCGGCUGCAGGAGUGGUAUAGGAAGAUGCUGGAUAAAGCUGUAGCGGAGCGUACUGUGCAUGACUACAAGGACAUAUUCAAACAGGCAACAGAGGAUCGUCUCACCAGCGCUAAAGAACUGCCCUAUUUUGAGGGGGAUUUCUGGCCCAAUGUGCUUGAAGAGAGUAUCAAAGAGCUGGAACAGGAGGAGGAGGAAAGAAAGAGAGAGGAAAACAGCACGACUAAUGAGAGUGUUGAUACAACAAAAGGUGAUAGCAAGAAUGCCAAGAAAAAGAACAACAAAAAGACAAGCAAGAACAAGACCAGUCUAAGUCGAGCCAAUAAAAAGAAGCCAGGGAUGCCAAAUGUGUCCAAUGACCUUUCACAGAAACUGUAUGCCACUAUGGAAAAGCACAAAGAGGUGUUCUUUGUUAUCCGGCUUAUUGCUGGGCCCAAUUCCAAUUCUCUUCCGCCCAUUGUUGACCCGGACCCUUUGAUGGCAUGUGAUUUGAUGGAUGGCCGUGAUGCCUUCCUAACACUCGCACGAGACAAGCACCUGGAGUUUUCUUCACUACGACGAUCCAAAUGGAGCACUAUGUGCAUGCUGGUGGAACUACACAACCAAAGCCAGGAUCGUUUUGUCUAUACCUGCAACGAGUGCAAGCAUCAUGUCGAGACUCGCUUUCAUUGCACUGUGUGUGAGGACUAUGACCUCUGUAUCACAUGCUACAAUACAAAAUGUCACGAACACAAGAUGGAAAAACUGGGCCUGGGUUUGGAUGAUGAAAGUAACAGCCAGGCUGGUUCCUCAAUGCAGAAUCCUGGAGACUCGCGUCGUCUCAGUAUCCAGAGGUGCAUUCAGUCCCUGGUGCAUGCUUGUCAGUGCCGCAAUGCCAACUGCUCACUUCCAUCUUGCCAGAAAAUGAAACGUGUAGUUCAGCAUACCAAGGGCUGCAAACGCAAAACCAAUGGUGGUUGUCCUAUCUGCAAGCAACUAAUUGCACUAUGUUGUUACCAUGCAAAACACUGCCAAGAGAACAAGUGCCCUGUGCCAUUCUGCCUCAAUAUCAAGCAGAAAUUGCGGCAGCAACAGCUCCAGCACAGGCUCCAGCAGGCUCAGAUGGUGCGCAGAAGAAUGGCCAGCAUGCAGAGGGCAGGCCAGCAGAUACCAGGAGGCAAUGGUGGGCUGCCAUCUCCUGGGAACAAUAGUACUACUGGACCCAGCACACCUACACCCAGCACUCAACCCCCUACCCCACAGACACCAACUCAUCAAUACCAACCUGCUGUGCCCCAGUCUGGGGUUGGAGGUGUUCCAUCUCAACAGCCACAGCAAUUAGCAGGGAUGGCCCAUCAGUACCAGCAAAUGCCUGGAGGUGGUGGGAUGAUGAACUCCCCACAGCAGCCCUUGAUACCACAACAGCAACAGCCAACAUCAGUUCAGCAGCUUCAGCAUCCCAACAACCUUCCUCCAUAUGUACAAAGACCUCCUGGAUCCUCCCCACAUUCCCAGUCCAUGGGAAAGCCAGGCAUAGGGCAGAGUGGCUUCUCUCAACAGCAACAGUCAAACCUAGGACAGCCAGUGAUGUCGCAGCAUCAGCCAACUGGUCCCCCACCUGCUGCAGUAGAAAUUGCCAUGAAGAUUCAACGAGUGGCAGAGACCCAGAGGCAAAUGGCUCAGCAAAAUAUCCUGCAAAGGAACCAGGGACCAGGGAUGAUUCCUCCACAUGGCCUGCAUCAGGGUCCGCAAAAUCAAAGCCAGAUGGGCAUAAACCUUCCUGGGUCUGGGAUGGUUGGACCUCAGGGAAUGCCAUCCCAGACUCAUGCGGGAGUGGCUCGAGCUCACAUGGAGCAGCAGCAGGGAAUGAUUACAGCAGGCAUCCAGCAGCAGACUGGACCUCAGACUCCGCUCACUCAAGUCCAGUUGCAGCAGGCUCAGCAAGGAGGACCUCAACUUCAGGCUUCACAGCAACAGCAGCAGUGGCCGGGUUCUGGCAUGCCUCCUCAGCAGAGACCUGGAUUAAUGAACCAAAUGGCUCUGCAAGGAAUGGGCGCUCCCCAGCAACCGCAGCAGAUGGUUAGUCAACAGCAGCAAGGGCAUUCUGGUGUAAUGGGUAUGAUGGGUGGCCAAGGAGGGGCCACUCCUGCAGGUGUUGGCUCUGGAAAUCACUCUCAGGCUGCCUUACAGGAACUCCUAAGAACCUUAAGGUCACCCAGCUCUCCCCAUCAGCAACAACAAGUCCUGAAUAUUCUACGUUCAAACCCUCAGCUUAUGGCAACCUUCAUCAGGCAACGGGUUCCCAGGUACCUUGGUCGAGGCGGGCCUGGAACAGGAGGUGCAGGUAUAGCAGGAGGACCCGGUGGAGCUCCAGGAGUCAUUGACAGCCAGCAAAUGAAUGUAAAUCCUGGGGCAGCUCAAGCAGGUAUGCAAAUGACACAAGGAACUGGCAUGCUAAUGAAUCCGCUACAGCAGCAGCAGCAGCAACUUCCACAGCGGCCUAUGAUGGGUGGUAAUUUGCAACAACAACAGCAGAUGGCAGCUUUACAACACCAACAGCAGCAGCAACAAGGUGUUAUGUCCAGUCAGGGCGUCAACAUGUCUAACAUUUCCCCACAGUUCAGAGAGAUGAUGAUGAGGAGGCAUUUGCAGCAACAGCAGCAGCAGCAGCAACAUAUGGGAAACCAUGCUCAGUUCCAGCAUCCUCAACCACCCCAGCAGCAGGGCUAUAUUGGCCAAUCUGGAAUUCCUCCACAGCAGCCUGGCCAACCUCAGUCUGGUGGUCUCCAGCACCAACAAGGUGGAACCCAAUCUGGGACUCAGCAGAACUACUCUGGGUCUGUGUCCCAUCAGCAGGUUGCAGCUCUUCAACAGAGGUUGCAGCACCAGCAACUUCAGAUGCAGCAACAACAACAACAACAGCAGCAACAGCAGAAUGCUAUGGCUGGGCUCCCAGGUUCUGAUGGAGGUCCUGGAAGUGGUGGUCCCCUCCAUCAACAGCAGAUGCAAUCAGCUCAAGUUGGUUCACAACCCUCAGCCAUGCUUUUGCAGCAAAGGCUCCUCCAACAACAACAGUCACACUUAGGAGCAGGAUCUCCUGCUCAGCACAACAAUCCCAUGAGCCCUCAGCAGCCACAGCAACAGAUGUCACAGUCUCCCCACUUGCCGGGUCAGCAGUUAAACACUUCCCUUAGCAACCAAGUUCGCUCACCCCAGCCAUCGCCUCGUCCCCAGUCCCAGCCACAAAAUUCUAGUCCAUCUCCUCGCAUGCAGCCCCAGCCGUCACCCCAUCGCAUCUCUCCCCAGAACCAGACAGGUUCCCCUCACCCAGGUCAUCUUCCUCCACACCACACUGGUAUGGUUGCCCCUCCACCUCCACAACAACAGCAGCAGUCAUCACAGCAGCAGCAACAGGCUAAUGCUAUGGACCAAGGCCUAUUUGGAGUAGACCAGAGUGCAAUGCUUUCACAGCUAGGUGGGAUGGGAGCCUUGCAUGGGCAAGGGACAAGUGACAUGCUGACUAAUAACCAAGAUUUGGGGACAAACAUAAAACACAACUCAUGAGACUUAAUGUAGUUGCAGUACUCGAACUGUCCUGAUUGCCAGGGAUUGGUAGAAGAUCGAAUCUAGGAUGUCAUUAUUAUUAUUAAUAUUAUUAUUUUUCUUACGUAAUUGAAAAGAACUGAACUUCCUAUGGGAGAUACUACAUGUACAAGUCAAUAAAUUAAAUUAAAUGAAUGGUAAGUUAUUGAUGUUAAUUAUAUAUAUACACACACACACACACACACACAUAUAUUGCCAAUUGUGUUCAAAGGGUUAGGGGUUUAAGGAUGGGAAAUAUUUCCUCUUGGUAUAUGACCAGAAAUAUUUUAGGGGUGAAGAUGUCUGCCUUUUUAUAGAUAUUUUUUAAGAUUUUAAAAGUGGCAUAAAAUUAAAAGGCAUAAUGAGUAAACAAAAUGGACUAUUUUGUUUCUUUUUCCGCAAGAAUGUUUGAUCCAUUUUGGAAAGUAUUAGAUUUGUUCCCACCAAUGUAAUGAUUAUCAUAAUGGAAUUGGUAAUAACUUAUUUAUUACUCAGCUUUUUUGGUUGGCUAAUAGAUAUUUUCUUUUGUUUUGAUCAGUUUAUGGCAUAUGCUAUUUGAAACUGCUACAAUUCACAAAGAGUAUAUUUUUGUUAAUGAUAGAACCUGACUGUAAAUGUAUGAAUUUAUAUUCUUCUUCUACUUUUUGUAUUUUUUUCUUCUUUUUUUGGGGUGGAUGGGGCUUAAAUUAAGUUUUGAUAGUGUUUGGGAAGUAAGUCUUUUUUUUCCAUGGCUUGUUGCAUGGGAAACAUCUGUCCUCCUAUGCAUGUCAGAUUUCCCUCCAUCAUACACCCAGUCCCAUGAAUGUGUUCUCACUAUGCCCUUCUCAACAAUGGAACCUUGAAAGUACUGAUGACACUACAGGUGUGCGCUCACUGCACAGUGCAGUGAUCUCUACAAAGACUGCUGUGGUCAAAAUGCUGUUCAGGGUUGUGGAUUUAGCAAAUAAUCACCUUAAAUUAUCCUCUGUCAUUUCUGACUCAUUGUCCAGUCUUUCCUCCCCGUCUCUCUAGGAAGUUAGUGUUAUUCUGACUUUUCCCAUGAAUCUCUAUUGUUCUGAACUUUGGGGGAUAUAAGUGAUCUGCUUAUUGUAUAAAGAAAAACUUUUGAAAUGAAAAUAAAUUACUGAAAAAUGGUCUUUGUUUAAAAAAAAAAGAAAAAAAAAGAUAUAAAUAUAUAUGUAAAUGGAGUUAGAUGGACAGAUCUUUCCCCUUGAUUUAAGCUUAUUUGUGCUGAAGACCUAUGGGCAGCUUAGGGUAGGCUCAACCUGAGAGAUUUUGAUAAAUAAUGAGUGCAAGUUAGAAAAGCACCAAUGCGCCUUUGUAUGUGUACUUAAAUGAAAAGGUUUUCAUUAGUGUGUACUAAACCAAUUCUGGCUGUCAUAGUCUCCAUCCUGCACACAAAUAUAGUGCAAAAGAGACAAGUUUUUGGUUUUUAAUAUUAAGAAGGUGGAUGGUCUUUAUGGUGUUGCAAGAUAAAAAUCCAUUGAAUUAAUGAUUCUUAAGUUAGUUAAAGGGGUGCUGGAUGACCACACAACAGUGGCAAUAUGGUUUGAGACUUAUUUUAUAAAAACAAGGACAACAAAACUUGUUUUUUAUAUAUAUAUAUUAAAACAUAAUUUUUUUGGAGAUUAAAAACUUGAAGCAAAAGUUGAUAUUAAAUUACACUUUUUCAAAGAUGUAUUGAUGAUGCAAAAUACACUGCUGUCAAACCAUAUACAUCCCUCUGUGGAAAUGCUGAGAAAUAUGGCAUUUUGAGGAAAUGUCUUAUGCGUGCAUAUAGAAGUAUAUACAUUAUGAUUCACUGUACAAACAAUGGCAACUGAAAACUUUGCUUUGAUCUGUAAUUUUCAUUUUUAUUUCUUUAUAAAACAGACUGGAAAAGCAACCAUACAACCUUUUGGUUACUAGUUUUGACCACUUCUCUUGCUAACUCUUUGGUGCUUGCUAAAAGGAGUAAAAAACUGUUUUCAGUAGUUUACUGUUUAUUUGUUUUGUUUUUUUAAGUUAUUAUGGUGUUCAGAUUUUUGCCAAUUAUUUAAUUGUACAUUAAAAUAUGUUUGUACUAUUCAAAAAUAAUUGGCUACCAGUGUGGUUUCAGUUCUAAUGUAAAUGUGGAGCACGCAGUAUGUCAACAUGUGUCAGAGAUGGCUUGAGGCAGAUUCUACAAGUUAUUAAAUCCAUACAGUGCCAUGUAUCACUGAUUAAAUGUAACAUGCAUUUCUUAUGGAUAGUGAGAAAAUUACACAAAAGUUUUAUUUAUUCUAUUAUAACACCAAGUCUUCUGUUUUAAAGUGCAUAUAGUCUGAAAAGUAAAAGCAACCACAGGCAUUUUCAAAAUCUAUCAAAUUAACACAUGCCACAAGAAGUCAGUUACUACGAAAGGUAUAUGAAACAGUUGAGCCCCAAGAGAAUGACAUUUCUAAAGGCAAAAUAUACAUUCACGUCAAUAUAGAAAAAUACAUCAAAUUUGUCUUCAGUUCUCCUCGGUGAUCAUGUAAUACCACAAAGAAACAGUCUUUAAAGUAAAUGUAACAUUGUAGACUACUGUGCAAUAUGUUGCAAAUUCAUACUUGGUGAGUAUGCACAAGAGAGCAAUGUAUUUAAACAUGAAGAAGAAGAAAAUACUAACACUUUACAACAAGGAUGUAUUUGUUUACAUUAGUUAAUGCAGUAGUUAACAAUUUACAGCAUUUUAGAUUGCUUUAAGUUAAUUUCUACAAAUACUAACAAGUUUACAUUCAAGUUGUAUACGUUUAUAUAUGAACUAACAUGAACAAAGAAUAUAUAGUGUUUUUCUUUUCUCGACAAUUUGGAAUGCCCAAUUCCUAAUGCGCUCUAAGUCCUCGUGGUGGUGUAGUGACUCGCCUCAGUCUCAGUCCAGGUGGCGGAGGACGAAUUUUAGUUGCCUCCGCUUCAGACCGUCAAUCCGCGGAUUUUAUCACGUGGCUUGUAAAGCGCGUUACCUCGGAGACAUGGCGCGCGUGUAUACUUCACGCUAUUCUCCGCGGCACCCACGCACAACUCAACAUGCGCCACACCGAGAGCGAGAACCACACAUUAUAGAAACCAGGAGGAGGUUACCACAUGUGACAACCAAUUUGGUUACUUAGGAGACCUGGCUGGAGACCCUCAGCAUGCCCUGGAUUCGAACUUGCGACUCCAGGGGUGGAAGUCACGGUCUUUACUCAUUGAACUACCCAGACCCCCAACGGUAGUAUUUUAACAAAUGAACACUAAUCAAGUUUAAUAAAUGCUGUAAAAUAUAUCAUUAUCACUGUAAAACAUCAUUGUGCAGAUAGAACAUGUUCAAUAGAAAGUUUUUUGUCAUAUUGUUGCUAAUGCAGUCUCAAAGAGGGGCACAUUGACAGUAAAAGCUGGAAUCCUAAAUGUAAAAAUAAAUACAUAUUUAAGGUUGUAUUUCAGAUAGUUACAUUUGUUUUCUUUUUACAUUUCCAUGCAUUUGACAGAUGCUUUUAUGCAAAGUGGCAUCCAGUGAAUUCAAGGUACAUUUAUAUCAGUUUGUGUGUUAUCUGGAAAUCAAACCCAUGAUCUUGGUAUUUCUAGUGCCAUGCUUUAUCAGUUGAGCUACAGAAACCUUCUGGCCUCAUGAUAUUUUAAGUAUCAAGAGGCCACAAAUUCUGUGUAAGUAUAUAUGUAGAUACUGACAUGUUUACAAAGUAUAUCAUUUACAUUUACAUUUAUUCAUUUGGCAGACUCUUUUAUCCAAAGCGACUUACAAAAGAGGAAAAACAUCAGCGAAUCAUCUUAGGGAGACAGUGGUACAAAAAGUGCCAUAUUACAAAGUUUCACUAUCAUCAUAAUAGUAUACAAAACAUAUUUAAGUGCAUCAAGAAAUGUAAAUAAUAUUGUAUUUAAAAAAAAAAAAAAUUUUUAGUGACUGGUUAAGUGCUUUUGGAAAAGAUGUGUUUUUAGCCGUUUUUUGAAGAUAGAGAGUGAGUUAGCUUCCCGGAUUGAGUUGGGAAGGUCAUUCCACCACCGUGGUAUGAUGAAACUGAAAGUCCGGGAAAGUGUUUUGGUGCCUCUUUGUUUUGGUACGACAAGGCGACGUUCCUUAGCCGACCGCAGGCUUCUGGUGGGAACGUAGCUCUGCAUAAAUGUUUUUAGGUAUGCUGGAGCAGACCCAGUGACUGUUUUAUAUGCCAGCAUCAGGGCCUUGAAUUUAAUACGUGCAUGAACCGGCAGCCAGUGGAGAGAGACAAAGAGUAUAUACACUGGUGGCCAAAAGUUUGGAAUAAUGUACAAAAUUGGCUUUUUUUUUCUGAAGAAAAUUGGUAUUUUAAUUCACCAAAGUGGCAUGCAACUGAUCACAAUAUAGCCAGGACAUUCCUCAUGUAAAAAAAAACAGCACCAUCACUAUUUGAUAAAAGUCAUUUUUGAUCAAAUCUAGACAGGCCCCAUUUCCAGCAGCCAUCACUCCAACACCUUAUCCUUGAGUAAUCAUGUUAAAUUGCUAAUUUGGUACUAGAAAAUCACUUGCCAUUAUAUCAAACACAGUUUAUAUGGAGGACAAAACCUGCAAAAAUAAUAAAUAAAUGUAAUAAUAAGAAAAUAAAUAAAGGAAUAAAUGUCUUGAUAAAACAAAUAUAAUUAGUUUUUAAUUAAAGUUAUUCCUGAAUUUAUAUUUGUAGACUUUUUUUCCUUUAUUAUUUUCUCUUUUUAUUUUUAUUCUUUCAUUUUUUUUAAAUUAUUAUUUACUAAUGUAUUCAUUUAUUUUUAGAUGUAUUUAUUCCCACGUGUAUUUAUUUCCAUAUUUAAAUAUUCCCACAUUCAUUUAUUUUUAUAUUUAUUCUUACAUUUCUGUCUCUUGUAUGAUAAUUAUGUAGGCGGGUCUUGCUUACCAUUGGUUUAUUGUAGAUUGAAGCGUGUGCUCGAUUACUCUUGACUUGUUUUGAUGUGACGUUAGGUCAUAGCCAUAUCGUGUAAACUAAAGCUGUUUGUGGGGCUAAAAACAUAAGAGCUUAAGUCAAUCCAAGAUUUAUUGGUUAUACUACAAUCACAAAAUAAAUGGGGAACUGUUUCUUCAACAAAACCACAAAAUGAGCAAGUUUCAUAAAUGAUAUGAUUUAAUCUUAUGGUUUUCUAUUUUUCUGUGUAUUUAACUUCAUAUUUUGAUGUCUGCAAAUCCAUAAUAUUGUUUUCUGUUAUGAUUGAUCAUUAUAAAAGAUACAACCAUGCUUCAUUUCCCUGAUCGUUUAUGUAUGUAUACAUCUGCAAUAAAAAAAAAAAUGUAUAGCUGACGCUUCACAUAUAUCUAGAGAGUUGCACAACUUAGCGAAUGAAGUCGAUAACCACACAUCAAAUGAUGUUUCAUUUAGAGUAGAAGUGCUUAUUGAUGGUUUACGAGAGCUGUUGGCCGUUAUGAAUGUCGAAGCACAUCUUGGAUUGUUAAACUCUCUGCAAAACGUUUCCUGCAUAUUCAAAAUCUGUGCGAGUCAGGGGGUGCAAAGGUGGAACGUCCAUCUUAUUUGCUUUCGAUAAGUACUAUUGAGCUCUCAACCAAUGAUGCACUGGAGCUACGCAAGGACCGCCUCCCUCAUUUCCAUGUUGCACACAGAAAAGUAAAAAAAGAAAUACAUGUAUAAAUAAAUAAAUAUAUAUGGGAAUAUAUAAAUAUGGAAAUAAAUACAUGUGGGAAUAAAUAAAUAUAAAAAAUAAAUGAACACAAAAAUAAAAAAACAAUGCAAACUAAAUUAAUAAAUAAAAAAAAGUUACAAAUACAUAUAGAAAAUAAUAAAGGAAUAAAGUCAUACAAUAAUAAAUUCAGGAAUAAAUUUAAUUAAAAACGAAUUAUAUUUGUUUUAUCAAGACAUUAAUUCCUUUAUUUUUUUAUUAUUACAUUUAUUUAUGUAUUUAUUAUUUUUGCAGGUUUGGGCCUCCAUAAGUUUAAAGCAAUUUGGUUUGUUAAAUUAAGCUUCACAUUGUCUUUGUUUUUGAGUUUCUACAUUAUGCAAUAGACUGGCAUGUAUCAAGGUCAAUAUUAGGUCAAAAAUGGCAAAAAAAGAAACUGUUUUGUCUUGAAACUCGUUAGUCAAUCAUUCUUUUGAGGAAUGAAGCUAUACAAUGAUUGGAAUUGCAAAAAAACUGAAGAUUUCAUUCAAAGGUGUACACUACAGUCUUCAAAGACAAAGGACAGAAAGAGAUGUGGAAGGCCAGAUGUACAACUAAACAAGAAGUACAUCAGAGUCUCUAGUUUGAGAAAUAGACACCUCACAUGUCGUCAACUGACAGCUUCAUUGAAUUGUACCCGCUAAACACCAAUUUGAUGAACAACAGUAAAGAGAAGACUCAGGGCUGCAGGCCUUAUGGGAACAAUUGCAAAGAAAAAGCCACUAUUGAAACAGAAAAACAAAAAAACAAAAAGAAAAGGUUAGAGUGGGUAAAGAAACACAGACAUUGGACAACAGAUAAUUGGAUUGGAAAAGUGUGUUAUGGAUCUUAACCCCAUUGAGGUUUUGUGGGAUCAGUUAGACUGUAAGGUGUGUGAGAAGUGCCCAACAAGACAGCCACAUCUAUGGCAAGUGCUAGCAGGAAGUGUGGGGUGAAAUGUCACCUGAGUAUCUGGACAAACUGACAGCUAGAAUCCCAAGAAUCUGCAAAUCUGUCAUUGCUGCGUGUGGAGAAAAUUUUUAUGAGAAAUCUUUGAAGAAGUUUAAGAAGUUCUGGAUAUUUUUUUUCGAAUUUGAAUAGUAAUUGUUCAUGUUAUUAAUGUCUGACACGGUGAUCAUUUGAAUGCCACUUUGGUGAAUAAAAGUACCAAUUUCUUUCCAUAAGAGCAAAAUCUGUACAUUAUUCCAAACUUUUGACCGCCUGUGUGUGUGUGUAUAUAUAUAAUUGACAGCUUGUCUUUAAAAAUAUUUAAUUUAGCUAAUUCAUAUUUUGUCCUAGCACUGUAAUUAUGUAAGCACCUGGACACACAAAAUGGAGUUUAUCUUAGUUGAAAAUCUCUAAACUUCUCUGCACAGCACAAGAAAACAGAAGAUCAUAUUACAUACCAGCAUCAGAAAACUUGCUUUAAAUUUGUUUUAUGGUUCUAUGCCUAACAUUGAGAAUUUCAAGAUUUUGUAUGUAUUAGUAUUUAUUAAUUGGGAAUUAAAUAGCAAGAAUUGAUAAAGAAUUUACUGUGAUCUGAUCGCAAACCUGAAAAAACAUUUUGGAGGGUUUGAUAGUGCACAAGAACACUUACAGUCAGGUCCAUAAAUAUUGGGACAUCG